AUGCCUUCCGACCAACCUAGCAUAGAUCGUGGAGCAGACGUCUCUCGGGGAGCUCCUCUGUCGGAACAGACGCCGCUCCUUGGAGAGUCCAGCCAAAUUUUCCCUACGCCGGAAUCUCAGGUCCCCUUAGUCCAGGAACCCACAACAAGAGAGUUGUUAGUGGUUUUGGGGAGUAUAUGGAUCGGAGUCUUCCUAGCGGCACUAGACACGACGAUCGUGGCAACCCUCACGGCACCCAUCUCGUCCUCCUUCCACUCGCUCUCGCUGCUGUCAUGGCUCGCCACGUCUUAUCUGAUCUCGAAUGCUGCCUUCCAGCCCUUGAGUGGCCGAUUGACCGACAUAUUUUCGCGACGGACGGGGCUUGUCUUUUCGAACGUUUUCUUUGCUGCAGGAAAUAUAAUCUGCGGUCUUGCCCAAAGCGAAUGGACCAUUAUACUGGGACGGGUGGUCGCGGGGGUUGGGGGCGGAGGGCUCUUGGCCAUCUCAACGUUCAUCACCUCCGACUUGGUUCCUCUCCGGAAACGGGGAGUUUGGCAGGGAAUUGGCAACAUCUGCUACGGAGCCGGAAGUGGUCUGGGCGGCGUAUUUGGGGGAUGGAUUAACGAUACCUUGGGAUGGCGAUGGGCCUUCUUAAUCCAGGUACCCUUUGUCGUUGUGUCGUGUAUUGUCGUCGCCGUCACAGUCAAGGUGCCAGUUAAAGAAACGGUAAAGGGCAGGUUAAACCGAGUUGAUUUUCUUGGAGCCGUUACGUUGGUCAUUACACUUGUCCUGCUUCUUCUAGGCCUUAACACGGGGGGCAACCAGGUUCCAUGGACCCAUCCCCUCAUUCUCACAACCCUCCCACUGUCCGCGGUCUUCUUGGGCAUCUUUAUCUACGUUGAAGCGAACCUUGCGGCCGAGCCGGUCAUCCCAGUCCGCCUACUGCUGAACCGCACAGUGUCUUCCGCCUGUCUUACCAAUUGGUUCAGUACCAUGGCGGUUUUUGGACUUCUCUUCUACCUCCCGAUAUUCUUUCAGGCCCAGGGCUUGUCGGCUACUGCGGCCGGUGUCAGACUGAUUCCCCAAGCGAUCGGAACCUCACUGGGAUCCUUGGGAUCAGGGCUCAUGAUGCGUGCCACCGGCCGUUACAGAGCGAUGAACUAUGUCUCUGUGGCUCUGUUAAUCACCUCGGGGGUUCUGAUCUGUACCCUCAACCUCACCACCCCUGCCCUGCUGCCUUUCGCCUACUUUUUCAUACUGGGGGUCGCUUAUGGUAGCAUGCUCACCAUUACUCUCGUAGCCCUGAUUUCGGCUGUGGAUCAUGAGUAUCAUGCCGUCAUCACGUCGGCAUCCUACGCUUUCCGCAGCACCGGAAGUACGAUCGGUAUCACUAUUGCGUCUGCGGUGUUUCAGAACCUAUUGAAAUCCGGCCUGUGGUCUCGGUUCGGCAACCGAGACGAUGCUAAAAAACUGAUCGGACGCAUCAGAGAUAGCUUGGACGAAAUCUGGAAGCUGCCGGCGGAUUGGAGACCAGGUGUGUUGGACGCAUACAUGGACUCUCUGCGAGCGACGUUCCUUACGUUACUUGGACUCAGCACUCUCGGAGCCUUGGUAAGCCUGGGGAUGCGAGAGCAUAAGCUGCAUUCGAACCUGGCACGACAGGACCGGUAG